UCCUGCCUAUUAUUAAGGAAUAAUAAUGAUAAUUCAUUAAAAUACUUAUUAAAUACUCCUCGUUCCGGGAUGUAUUUGAGGACUUGGAGCUUGGAGGUGGCAGGAGGGGGGGGGGGAAACCCAGCUCACUCCGGCUUGAGCGGGUCCGUUGGCUUCGUCAAGGUCGUUUUUAAUGAGCUCGUUUGCAAACUCAGUCUGGUGGUGGAGGCCGAGGAGGGAGAAGCAGUGAGGGGGUGCUGAGGAACAGGGGGUCCUGUCCCCUAAAACAUCGCAGGAUGGAGCAACCCGUCCCCGUGGGGCUACAGGAGGAGGAGAGGGUGCUGGUGUCGGAGAAGAGCUGGAGACCCUGUCCCAAAGCCCGGAGGAGGCUCCGAGGGUGCCUGGAGUGGGUGAAGCGGCAGCUUUUCCGCGUCGGGGAGGACUGGUAUUUCCUCUUCAUCCUGGGGGUCCUCAUGGCCACCAUCAGCUUCAUGAUGGACCUCAUCAUCCACAGGCUCUUCGAGGCCCACCGGUGGCUUUACCGCGAGGUUGGUGACAUCCUGGUGCUCAAGUACCUCUCGUGGACCAUGUACCCCAUGGCGUUAGCAGCCUUCUCCACCGGCUUCUCCCAAAGCAUCACCCCACACUCGGGAGGCUCUGGCAUCCCGGAGCUGAAGACCAUCCUGACCGGCGUGGUGCUGGAAGACUAUUUGGCCAUCCAGAACUUCGGAGCCAAGGUGGUGGGUUUGACCUGCACCCUGGCAUGUGGCAGCACCAUUUUCCUCGGCAAAUUGGGUCCCUUUGUCCACCUCUCCGCCAUGGCCGCGGCAUAUCUGGGGAAGAUGCGGACUUCAGUCACAAAGGAGUACGAGAACAAGUUCAAGCAGAACGAGAUGCUGGUUGCCGCGCAAGCCGUUGGAGUGGCCACGGUUUUCGGGGCACCCAUCAGCGGGGUGCUCUUGAGCAUCGAGGUGAUGUCCUCCCACUUCGCCGUGCGGGAUUACUGGCGGGGCUUCUUCUCGGCCACCUGCGGCGCCUUCAUGUUUCGCCUCCUCGCCACCUUCAACAGCGAGCAAGAAACCAUCAUUGCUAUUUUUAAGAGCAACUUCCAGAUUGAUUUCCCCUUCGACCUCCUGGAGACCUUCUUUUUUGCCAUUGUGGGGGUCGCCUGUGGCCUGGUGGCCUGUGCCUACCUGUGGUGCCAGCGCUGGCUGCUGGCGGCUGUCGGGGAGAUGCGGCUCACGGCCAAGCUGCUGCGCACUGAUAAGCCCAUCUACACGGUGCUGGUGGUUCUUCUUCUCGCCUCCAUCACCUUCCCGCCCGGGUUGGGGCAGCUGAUGGCCUCCAGGCUCACCAUGAAGGAAUAUCUCAUCUCUCUCUUUGACAACCGCACUUGGGGUGAACUGGUCCCCAACACCUCCUCCACAGUUGGCCCUGAGGAGCUCUGGCAGGAGUGGUACCACCCUUUGGCCACCACCUUCGGCACUUUGGCCUUCUUCCUCGUGAUGAAGUUCUGGAUGCUGAUCCUGGCCACCACGCUGCCCCUGCCCGCUGGCUACUUCAUGCCCAUCUUCGUCUACGGAGCCGCCCUCGGCCGCUUUCUCGGGGAGGUGGUGGCCCUGCUGUUCCCCCGGGGGCUCCGCUCGGCUGGGACCCCGCGCCCCAUCACCCCCGGCGGCUACGCCCUGGCCGGCGCUGCCGCCUUUUCAGGCUCGGUCACCUACUCCCUGUCCACGGCGUUGCUGGUGUGUGAGGCCACCGGCCACCUGGGCCACGUCCUCCCCAUCGUUCUGGCCGUGCUGGUGGCCAACGCCAUCACCCAGAAACACCAACCGUCCUUCUACGACGGCACCAUCAUCGUCAAGAAGCUGCCCUACCUGCCCCCCAUCCGCAGCCGGCACAUGGCCUCCUACAGAGUGAUGGCGGAGGAGUUUAUGGAGCGCCAGGUGGUGACCUUGGCCAAGGACUGUGGCUUCGAGGAGGUGCUGGCAGCCUUGGAUGCCUCCACCGAUGCCGAAUACCCCGUGGUGGAGAGUGCAGGGUCACCAACACUGGUGGGCACCGUCAGCAGAGCCCAGCUGGUCACCUUCCUCCAGAGCCACCAGCAUCCCCAAGCUCCCCCAGAGGAGAAGCCGGCCACUGUGGGGACACUUGGGGACAGCUGCACCAUCGAGCCCAUCAUGCUCCAGCUCUCACCGUGGACCUCCUUGCACCAGGCCCAUCACCUCUUUGAGCUGCUGAAGCUGCAGCGCAUCUUCGUCACCCACUGCGGGAACGUGGUGGGAUCCGUCAGCCGCGUGGAGCUGCGGAGAGCGAUCGAGGACCUCGCCAACCCCAAGUGAUGGCUUUGGGGGACCCCAAGGGACCAGGGUUGUCACCCAUGGAAAGAGGGGGAACCUGUCCCCUCCCGGGGGGGACCCCGACAUCUAGGGGGGGAUCUCUGGCAGAGGGUCUGCAUUAAAUACACCGGCCCUGCAGCUCCCUCUGCUUCCUCCUCCUCCUCCUCCUUCUUCUCCUCUUCUUCCUCCUUCUCCUCCUUUCCCUCCUCCUUCUCCUUCUCCUCUUCCUCCUCCUUCUCCUCUUCUUCCUCCUUCUCCUCCUC